AUGGUUGAAGUGCACAAUAGCACAUCCCCUGACCUCUGGGGGGAAGGAGAUGAAUCAGAGAGAUCACCAUGUGUGCUAGGAGCCAUUCCAAUCAUUUACUACAGCGCCUUGCUCUGUUUGGGUUUACCAGUAAAUAUUCUGAAUGUAAUUGUCCUCUCACAUCUGGCCGUCAAGACACAGAAGUCCUCCUAUUGCUACCUCCUUUCCCUUUCUGCUUCCGACAUCCUCACUCAGUUCUUCAUCAUCUUUAUCGGCUUCAUCCUGGAGACAGCCAUUCUCCACCGGAAGAUUCCUGCCACAAUGGUACACACCGUCAGCGUCCUGGAGUUUGCAGCCAACCACGCCUCCAUUUGGAUUACAGUAGUGAUGACAAUUGACCGAUAUUAUGCCCUUUGCCACCCUCUGAAAUACCGCAUGGUGUCAUACCCAGAACGCACCCACAAAAUAAUAGCGGUGGUCUUUAUAAUGUCCUUAAUCACAGGCAUUCCAUUUUACUGGUGGUCUGAUCUGUGGCGAGUCAGUAACCCACCCACCGUUUUGGACCAAGUACUGAUAUGGAUGCACUGCUUCAUCAUAUACUUCAUUCCAUGCACAAUAUUUCUGAUAGUCAAUUCAAUGAUCGUCUACAGGCUGAAGAAGAAGAAAGCUCUGGCAAACCGCUCGGGGAAGACCACAGCUAUUCUUCUCUCUGUUACUACUGUUUUUGCCAUCCUUUGGGCACCCAGGACCGUGGUCGUUAUUUACCAUCUGUACGUUUCAUCAGUUAACAAGAACUGGAAGGUCCACCUAAUGCUCGAUCUGGCCAACAUGCUGGCCAUGUUGAGCACAGCGGUCAACUUCUUUCUGUACUGCUUUGUAAGCAAGCGAUUUCGCGUAACGGUGAAGGAGGUCAUGCUUCUGCAAGGAAAUGUUCAUCCAUUUUACAGCUGA